AUAUAGUUGUCAACCAUCUGUCAAGUUGCUAGAAAAGUGAAUGUUAUUUCACGAUUUCGCGUCUUUUUGUUUCGUUAAGCAUUCAAUAUGUUCGAAGUCAAUACUGAAAACGACUCCUCUGACAUGUAGCCUGUUCUGCAAACUGUAAUAAACGCACGCACCUUCAAUUGUGUCGGCAUUGUAGGUUAUAAAGUGUACCUAUUUCGUUGUUUAGUAUCGUCAUCACUUCAUUGGUUCAGCCGGACCUAUUUUUAGAUUGUUAUAACUCUUUAACGAAGCCUAUGUUUCGAGUGUUAAUUAGAAUUUACCUUGAUUAACGUGUCGAAGUGGUUCGCCGGUGAAAAUGGGUCUAAUAAUUUCCAGGUUUCGGCGCAAAAAGACCACAACAGAAGUUCUAGAAAAACUCGAAACCAACAUAAAACGAAUCGAACAAGAUGGCCAGAGCAAAGAGCAGAAACACAAGCGGGUCAUCGGCUACGUCAUGGCGUACUCUGUGGGCUUCUACGUGUUGUUCGCGAUAUUGUACUACUUCAUGUAUGUGGGGAAGAGUCAACAUUGGCUGAGCUCAGUGUUACACGCUUCACCGCUACUGGUGUUGCCUGUUGUUGUGAUCUUCCUACGCACCGCGAUAUCGUGGUACUACAACUGGACGAUCAGCAAGAACAGGAUAAAGCUGAACAAAAUGAAAGAAGAGAAGAAGAAGAUACUCGAAGAGGUCAUGAACACUGAGACCUACAAGGUAGCGAAAGAGAUCCUGGACAAGUACGGGAGCCCCGAUGACCAGUCUAAAGCCCUGAAGCCGUUCACGCCCUCAAUCAACGUGCCUGGUAACAGCGGUAACCCUAGCACGCCCCCAGCAACGCCCGGUCAGCUGAGACAACGCCAACUCGCGCUGACCUCAACUCCGAUCAACCAGAACAGAGAGCUGAUGCCUAUGAACAAUAUGGGGUCGACGUUCAAGGGGCCCAGGUUGAGGAUGUCGGACAAGCAAGCCAACGGUGUGCCCUCUGUUCGUUUUGCCGACGAGGACAACAAACCAUCUGACCAACUGCCUCGCCCGUUGUUGGACAAGAACCGCUCUGCCCUAGACAAAGUGGUGGAUUACCUACUGAAGGACGGCCCUAACCAUCGCAUGGCUCUCAUUUGCAAAGAGUGCUCUUCUCAUAAUGGAAUGGCAAUGGUAGAAGAGUUCGACUACGUCUCGUUCGUGUGUGCGUACUGCGGACGCCUCAACCCUGCUCGCAAGCAGCGCCCCGCGGCCCCACUGCUGUCUUCACCAAGAGCACUGCCGGACAUACCGCGCCGAGUGGGCGGUGACGACUCUUCCAUAUCCAGUUCCAGCGACAGCGAUGAUGACAAGAAAGUCAAGAUAUCUGAAAUCGGAAGUUCAGAAGCUGAAUCGGAUCGGCCCCCCUCCUCGUUGGAAGGGACUCCGAAAUCCACCGCGGAAAAAAAAGAAGACUGAAUGAAUAAAAACUAACUUGUUCUUUAAAACCUUCUCUAUAAAGAGCG